AUGGGCUUCUCCGCGCGCGUGCUGCCUCUGCUGCUGCUGCUGGCCCUCGGCCUGGCGCCCUCCCGCGCUCGCGGCUCCUGGACCGAAGCUAACACCGCCUGUCACACGAGGGCCACCGGGGGCCGCUCCCGGCUGCUCAGCUUCCUGUGGCUGCGCCCCGACGGGUCCCCGGCGGUCCUGGUGCAGAGCCUCUGGGACGCGCGCAGCUGGCAGUUGCUGGAGUGCGCCUGGCGGACGGAGCCGGCGCUAACCCGCCGCUACCUGGAGCUCUGCGCGCCGGGGCGGCUCCGCGACCCUCUGGUGCGCGCCUCCUGGGGGCCGGAGCUGCGGAGAGAGCUGGGCGCCUUGGAAGCGCGGCAAGGCGGCUGCAAGGGAGCCCCGGCCGCGGCAAGCAGCGUAGCGCCCGCAGGAGGGCAGGAAGCGCAGGCGCGCCCGCGGACUCGGCGGGGCUUGACGCUUCCCGGGACACUCUGGUGCGGAGCCGGGGACUCGGCUAGCCAGUCCUCCGAACUGGGGGUUUUCCAGGGCCCAGACGUGUGCUGUCGUGAACAUGACCAGUGUGAUGCGCACAUCUCCCCUCUAGGGUUUAAGUACGGCAUCCGUAACUACCGCCUGCACACCGUUUCUCACUGCAGCUGUGAUAACAGGUUCAGGGAUUGCUUGAGGAACCUCAGUGACACCAUCUCCAACUUCAUUGGGACCAGCUUCUUCAAUUUGCUGGAAACCCCAUGCUUUGACCUGGAAGAGAGCGAGGAGUGCCUUGAAUGGCACUGGUGGGGCGGGUGUAAGAGGUAUGGCCCAAUGCCGCUGGCUCACAUGGUGGAUCCAAGCCCAUAUCACCCCAUUGAGGACCCCAACACUACCACAUCUCCUCCCGAGCCCAGAAGGCAUCGAGGUAAAGGGCAAAAGCCCAGCUGGAAAGGCAGAAAAGGGCGGAAGAAGCUGGCCGAGGAGAAGAAGGGGCUGCCACCCAAGGUGCAGGGUCCAAUCACCCCACUGACCCCGACCACCAAGCCAGAUCAAGCCACUCCCAUCCCAGGAACAAGCUCCUCCGCCCUGUCACAGAGGUGCCGCUGCUACCAACGGCUGGAUCGGUGCCCCUUCAAAAUUGCUCCCAAUGAGUUCAGGUACCAGCUCCACAAUUCAGAUGACCGCACCCUCUUCCACUGCAACUGCACCCGCCGGUUGGCCCAGUUCCUGCGCAGGAGGAAGGGUCCCAAUGAGGUGGAAGAGGAAGUUCUGUCCCACUACGUCUCCCACUCCUGCUUUGUUCUGGAAGCCCUCCCAGGCUGCACGACGGGAGAGGAAGGCCGGCCCAACUGCAUCAGCGUUGGCAAAGCCAUCCUGGCCCCGGCUCGCCACCUCACCAACCGGCUGACUGGCAAACGGGCAGGGGCCUCUUUCAAAGUGAAGCGCCAAGGACGGGCAUCCCUCAAGGGAGCCACCAAGCUGUUUGACAAGUGUGUGCAGCUGGUGCGAGCCAACCUCCCCCUGGUGCCACGCUGAGCAAGGGCACCUUUGCCACUGUGCACGUGAGAGGGCCGAGCCCAGGAAGAGAACACAGCAGAGCUCAGCCAUGCCGG